AUGUCGAGGAUUUUUUUGAAGGAUAAGGAUAUUGAAGGAUUUUUAGAAGAAACGUUUGAUAUUCCGGAUGAUAGUAACUCGGAAGACGACUUAGAAUCGGAAGGAGAACCAGAGUUGAAUUUAGAAACUUUGCAAAAUCUUUUAGAAGAUGAUUCCCAAAGCCAAGAAAAUCAAAAUAUGCCUGAUACGAGUUCGAAUGUCUCUAUUGAGAGUUUUCAUAAUUCACAGAGAGAUGAAUCUGAAGCUGAGAUUAGUAUACUUGAAGAGUUAGAAGAAGAUUCAGAUGAAUCUGAACCAGAAGAAGAUGGAAAUUGGUGUAAAAGUUUAUGGAUCAGUCGACCGGAACCAGAAGAAUUUGACCGUGUCAAAACAGUGCCUGUGUAUUUAUUGAACAGCAGAGCUCGUCCUUUGGCACACUUUGAAAAAUUUUUCAAUGAAAACGUGUAUGAUCUUAUUGUUGCACAGACAAAUCUCUACGCUGAACAAAAGAAAUUACUGCAUUGGGAGCCGGUAACUAAACCCGAAAUUAAAGCAUUUCUUGGCAUUUUGAUUAUCAUGGGGUAUAUUAUUUUACCUCACAUAGAUUUAUAUUGGUCUCGUGAUCCAGGGUUUAGAAUCGAUGAAGUGGCCAAUGUCAUGCCAAUAAAACGAUUCAAAAAAAUACUGCAAGCGCUACAUCUUAACGACAAUUCCCUAGAACCUAAAAAAGGAACCCCGGGCCAUGAUAAACUGUACAAGUUGCGUCCACUAAUUACCAUGCUCAAUAAUUCAUUUCUAGAAAACGCGAAGAAUUCUUCGUCGCAAAGUAUUGACGAAAGUAUGGUAAAAUUCAAAGGGAGAUCUUCUUUGAAACAAUACAUGCCACUCAAACCAAUAAAACGUGGUUACAAAGUUUGGUGCCGUAAUGAUAGUCAAACCGGAUAUUUAUACGAGUUUGAGAUAUACACGGGCAAGACAGCAGAGGGGGUAGAAAAAGGCUUAGGCGCUGACGUGGUAAAAAGAUUGACAAGCAAACUAAUGCAAGAAGAAUUUAUCAAACAUGUCGCAUUUGAUAAUUAUUUUUCAGACACUUCUCUGCUCCAGUAUUUACAUGAAAACGGUUUAUUUUGUACCGCAACAGUCCGGCGAAACAGAGUUGAAUUGCCUGCAAUAAUAAAAGAAAAGAAGAAGUUGAAAUUACAGAAAGGCCAAUUCAAAUGGAGAACUAAUAAGGACGUUGCUUUCUUAGUUUGGCAGGACACAAAAGAAGUGUUAGUAUUGAGCACAGCAUUUCACCCUAAAAUAGGAACGACUGCAGUUAGCAGAACUCAAAAAGAUAGCACCACUUUAUCAGUCAAAUGUCCAAGAGCAAUAAAAGAAUAUACUCAGAGAAUGGGUGGUGUAGACCGAUUCGAUCGAAUGAAAGCCUCAUACUCUGUCGGUAGAAGGAGCAAACGCUGGUGGCUCCGGAUUUUUUACUUUUUGUUAGAUGCAGCUAUCACAAAUGCUUUCGUGCUUUACUCUGUUUCAAUUUCUUCGAGGGCAAGAAAACAAGUAACUAAUCUGGAGUUCCGAGUGGCACUGGCGCGAGGGCUCAUUGGAGCGCACAGUAGAAAAAGGCGAAGAUUUCUUCCAAAUUACGUCACUAAGAAAACUAGAGUACUGGGCUCUGAAAAUUAUCAAAAGGCUAUCAAUAAAAUGGCACCUGAAAUAAGAUUUCAAAAUGAUGGUCUGCAUAUGCCUUUAGCCAUUGAUUCAUAUAAAGGCUGUAAAUACUGCAGCACAAAGGAGCACGAUAAACGAAGUAAAAUUAUCUGCGAAAAAUGCACAGUUCCAUUAUGUAUUGUCCCUUGUUUCCGUCAAUAUCAUGUUAAUAAUUAA